GCAAUUCUCCCCAACCCCACCCCAAGCAAAACACCCUCGAUUUCGACUCCCAAACCCAAUACACACACAAACGCUGUUAUAAGUACAUAGCAACAACAAGAAAGAGAUCAUCCAACACGUUCCCUUUACCCCAAAACCCAAACCCAAAUCCAACCCUUUUAAUUUCCUCACAAAUCUCAGAUUCAACACUCUCUAAUCCAUUUUCCUUUUCUAUUAAUCAUUCACUUGUCUCCGAUAAUUACAACUCCCGUUUCUGGGUUUAAUGCAGAUAUAAAUAGCCAUGGAAUGAACGUAAAUUCCAUUUUACCAUGUACCCUUUCUAGCAUGCACCACUUCACUACGUGGAUUAUAAUUAAACUCAAAUACUCUUAUUAAGCUAGUAUAUAUAUGUCGAAUCAAGUAGUGAAAGUGAGGAAAAAUACAAUUGCGGCAUGCAUGACAUGUCCUCUUUGCAAUAAACUCUUUAGAGAUGCAACUACUAUUUCCGAAUGUCUACAUACCUUUUGCAGGAAAUGCAUCUACAAGAAGCUGUCUGAUGAAGAAACGGAAUGCUGUCCAAUUUGCAAUAUUGACUUAGGCUGUGUUCCUUUAGAGAAAUUGAGGCCAGAUCAUAAUCUGCAAGAUGUGAGAGCAAAGGUAUUCCCUUAUAAGAGGCGAAAGGUGAACGCACCUGAAAUUGUGCCUUCAGUUGCAUUGCCAAUAAGGAGAAAGGAGAGAUCGCUGUCGUCACUUGUGGUCAGCACUCCAAGAGUAUCUGCACAAACUGGAAUGACAGGAAGAAGAUCAAAAUCGGUGGCAAGAAAAACAUUACGGGGUUCCGCCUUUUCAAUCGAGAAACCUCUCAAGAAAGAAGAAGGUUCUGGAGAAGAUCAGCUGGAUAGCUCCAGCUCACCCGAGACUUUGAACAAGUUCACUCAGAACAUAAGGCUGAAUUCUUCUAGUGCUGAGCCUUCUAUCCAUCCUACACCUGAUAAAGAAACAGAAAAUGGCAGUGAACAGUGGGAAGGCAAAGUUGAUUUGUGGAAACCUUUAAAUUGUUUGGUGGAAGCAGCAAACAGGAGCAAAUCUUCGAGGUUUACCUCACAGGGUUCUACGGCUAAGUCAGAAGGUCUGCAUUCCCAUGACCGUGAGGGUCAUGUCCGUAAAACUAAAGUCAAAGAACAUGGACAGAAAUUGAAGAUCAAGGAUGGUCAUAAUGGUGAUCCUGCUCCACCAGAAUUUGAUAAACCUAAGAAGUCGCGUAGAAUUCGCCAAAAAAAGGCAUCAGCUUUUGGAGAGUUUAAUAUCUCACCGCAAACUGUACUGGAUGCAACCACUUCCAGAUGUGAAAGGAGAAUCUAUCCAAUAUGGUUCUCAUUGGUGGCCUCGGAAGACCAGGAGGGAGAUGUACCCUUGCCACAGAUUUCUGCAAGUUACUUGAGAAUAAAGGAUGGUAAUAUUCCAGUUUCCUUCAUCGAAAAAUACCUGACACGGAAGUUGGAUCUUAAGAGCGAAGACGAGGUUGAGAUUAGAUGUAUGGGACAAUCAAUAGCCCCCAGUUUACCACUGAACAGUUUGGUUGAUAUGUGGCUUCAAACUACCACAUCCGAAAAAAUGCCAGUAAUUAUUGGUUCAUCAGCAAAGGAUUUUGUCAUGGUGUUGGCUUAUGCUCGAAAGGUCCCACGCGUUCCAGCUUCUUGAGUUAUUAUCACUACAUUCAUAUACUUGAUAAACUAUACGAGAGCUAGUCAUGUGUUGAAGUAGCAGGCCAAAAUUGCUGUACCACUGCGCCUCAGAUGGGCAUAUGGUGAGACUGUAGAAGUGGAAGUUGUUUUCAACAGCCUCCACUAGAAUUUGUGCAGAUAAGCAGGAAACGAGGAAUGAGAUAAUGAAGAUUAUGAGUUUUCACAGGAAUACUGCAAUUCGAGUUCACCUAUUCUGGCUUGUAAAUUGAGAUACCAUGUUCUCUAGUUCACUCUCUUUCUGCAUUGUGUUGUAUGCUUGUACCAUACCCUGUACUCAUACUGCGUGAAUUUUGAUAAUGUUUUACUUCAUCGGACCUUAAA